AUGAAUCAGGCGAAGGUGUUGGCUGUUGGACUCGGACGAAGAAACCAGCAAGGUGAGAUCAUCCCGAUGCAAACCCAGGUCGGAGAUGUCGUGGUCAUCCCUCGGUAUGGUGGAACAGAGAUCAAGCUUGACGACGAAGAGUACCAAAUCUACCGGGACGAGGACAUUGUUGGCGUCAUCAAAGAGGAGUGA